GUAACGGGACUCACCACAGCCCCGCAGCCCCGACAUGAAACUCCUAAUUCUGUUUUCUGGGCGGGACCUGCCCCUCCGAACCCGCUAAUAUUCCUCAGCGGGCGAUGUUUUAGAGACAAUCCACGCUUUCCUCCAAGGAGACGAGGUUCUGCGCGGAGCAAGACCGAAGUGAACGCAAAACAAGCAAAAACUAGAAGAUCUUCCUUCAGACGAUUGGACCUUCUCCUCAUCACCAUGCCAAUCGUCCUGCAGUCCACUCCUCUGUUCUGGACCCGCCUAGCGGCUCUCAUCUUCUCCUGUGUGGCCUUCUCCGUUGCAGUUCACGGAGGAGACCUGAGGCAUGGCACAGGGGACUGGUGCAUCUUCUGCUGGGCCUUUAGCUUCGCUGGAACUCUGCUGGUGUUGUUGGUGGAACUUUUCGGUCUCCAAUCUCGCGCUCCUGUUUCGUGGAAGAACUUUCCAAUAACUUUUGCCUGCUACGCCGCACUCCUCUGCCUGUCUGCCUCCAUCAUCUUCCCCCUGUUCUACCUCAAGGGCGACACGUCAUCAAACACAAUCCGCGACUACCGAAUUGUCUCAACCGUUUUCUCAUGUUUAGCAACAAUCGCGUACAUGACCGAAGUUAGCAUUAGCAAGGCGCGUCCAGGUGAAGUCGCUGGCUACAUGGCUACCGCUCCUGGCCUUCUGAAAGUCUGCGAAACCUUCAUCGCCUGUAUUAUUUUUGUUUUCAUCAGCGACCCGGUUUUGUACGAAAGGGCAGACGCUCUGAAAUACUGCAUGGCUGUCUACUGCAUCUGUUUCAUUCUGUCCGCUGGUAUUAUAGUUUUGUGUGUUUGUGAAUUCACCGGGUGCCUUCCCUUUCCAUUUGCGCGUUUCCUAUCUGGUUACGCUUGCCUAGCUGUUCUCCUGUACCUCUCCGCGACAAUUGUGUGGCCGCUUUUCUGCUUCGACCCCAAACAUGGUGGAACGAAGGACCGUCCGAGCAGAUGUAAUGUCCGCACGGGCCUCUGCGAAUGGGAUAAAAGGAUGGCGGUGGCUGUGCUCACGGGUCUGAACUUUAUUCUGUAUUUGGCAGACAUGAUCUACUCCACUCGUUUAGUUUUCGUCAGCUCCUAAAAGACAAAUGUACUAAAGCUGGGUGGAUGCUUCAGAUAGGAUUGUGUUGAUAUACUGAUGUAGACACUGGGGUGGUGGUUGGUUAAGAUCAGUAACUGCCUCGUUUUUUUCAAUAAAAAGGCCCUAUUGAUACUUUGUAGCUGAUGUCAUCAAUAUUCCCUGGGGGUGUGAAACUAACUGAAAGCACUGCUCUGUUAGAAGCUCUGUUACUCAAAUUAACUUAAUCUGAACUUUAUUUUAACAGUAUCUGAUUUGGUUGUGACUACAACGGGUGAAAUGCAACAAGUCUUUCACGUAAAAUUACAGUCACAAGCUUAGGUAGUUUUUCAGUUAGUCACACUCAGCUUUUUUGUUGAAAAGCAAACUCCUAAACAGGACCAUGAACGCGUAUCACAGGUUCCUGAAAAUUAUUAUUUUUAAUUCAUUUUGUAUUGUAAAACAUUUUUGUCUGUGUUUGCUAAUGUGUGCAUUGUGUCACCAUGGUAACUACUGAAUAUUCUGCCAAUAGAGAUACAUGUAGAACCCCCAGUGUGAUGUCACUGCAAAGUAUCAAUAUUUCUGUCUCUCAAAGCUCUACAAUUCAGUCAUUAUUCAUUCACUUCACUUCUGGAAGUAAGUUACCUCUGUAGCCACAGCUGCCCUGGGACAGAUUGACCAAAGAGAGGCUGCCCAUCUGUGGCUAUCUUCAACCUGAUUAAAAAAUAAAUAUAAAAUGUUUUAGAAAUUUAAAUUGUCAAUAUUUUAGGUUAAGGUUCACAUGCAAUUCCAAUACAUUGGCAUUAUUAAAAAGUAAAUGGUCGCCUUUCCACCUUCAAGGCACUCAAAGCUCUCGCUCAUUCACACACCAGUGUACAUAGACACUGGUGGGGAUGUAGGUUAAGUGUCUUGCCCAACGACACAACGACAGCAUUCACCUGUGGGAGCUGGAAUCACACCAGCCAACCUGUGGGUCAGUGGACAAACGCUCUAUCAACUGAGCUACUGUCACUCAUAACAAUGUAAUGAUCAUUUUGGUAUAAAGUUGAUAAAUUAAAAUGAUAUUAAAUUAAAAUUAUAAAUUAAAUUCAGUUCUAGCUCUUGCAUAAGUUAAUCCAUAAACUUCCAAAUUACCGUGUAAAUUUGUGGUAGAAUUUCACUUUCAUGGAAGUUAUAUCAAAGCACCAAACCCCUAAACUGGAAAUCAUAUUAAUAUCUAAAAAUCAGUGAAAAUAGAGUACAAACACCAUCCAUUCUCUGUCUAGUCAGUAAUGUACAACCUGAUGCUAAACUUUUUCAUUUAAAAGCUUUCUACAGCCGCUGGAAGCCAUUACUGACAUAACACAAAGUGAAUGAAGUGUUGGGACAUUUCCUGUUUCAAUGACUGUAGGAACGAACCUUAAUCUUAUUUAGUUAAUACAAUAAAGGUGGAGUCAAGGCUAUACCACUAAGUGAACCAAACCCAAUUGAAUUUAAUAGGCUGGGUUCACAACAUUGUAGAAUCCCUUUAGUUUAAACUGAGCUGGAGGACAGGUCAGAAUACUAUAGUGGAAUUUGCUGUUUAAAGUGCAUAUGAUGAUUCUCUAAUAUUGACUUAAUUUUUUAGGAUAAUACGUGUUGUAAAUAUAAAUUAUAGUUUUAGACUGAUUAAGAAGCAAAUUGUUAAGAAAAGUUUAAAAAGUAGAAAGUUCUAUUUGAAAGAAAGCUCUAUAUUGAUGACAGCACACUAGGGAGUAUUCUAUCCAAAAAGUUUGACAAAAUUUACACAUAUUUUCACCAAAAAUAAAGGUGUAUUGUAUUUUCAUAUUUGUCAAAACUUAAUUUCAUCUUUUGAAACCUAAAAAGUAAUCAAACUGUGCAUUUUUAACAUUUCUUUUGGUAAAAUCUUAAAUAUAAUUACUGUUUUAGUCAAAUGAGUAAUUCAAAAAGUCAUAGGCUCCUUAAUUGUCAGUUUGCAGAUUUGUUGACCUGGUUUAUGGCUCAUGUCUCUGUAAUUACUGGGCCUAUUCAUAUGAAACAAAAACUGGCACAAAGUUCAACAUCUCCAUCAGCAUAAAUAAACAAAAGUCAAAUGAUUUUUUUCACAAUAGCUUCAGAAAAUGGCAUUAGUGGAUCUCUGGAUAUACAUUUUAGAACGUGAACUCAACCUAAAUGAAGUAUGCACCCAGCUUUGGAAGUUUAAAAGGCUUAUAGUUGUAAAGGCAAUAUGAACAUGUACAAAAAGAAAUAUAGCACUUAGUUAGCUCCAAGUACUGCGUGCAUGUGAAGACUGUCUAAAGCGAAGAAGAAAUAAUAAAAUGGCGGCUUAUUUUUGUUUAAUUUUGUUGCAUUUUUUUUUUACAUGUUACCAAUUGUUUUUAUGCUACAAAGAUGUAUGGUAGAUUGGUGCAUUCGAUUUAUUCUAAAACUUGAAGAAUUGUACCAAAUGCUUUUGCUGGCUUUGUGCGCUGAUUCAAAAUGUAUAACUGCUACAAUAAAUGUAUAUGAGAAAUGAUGGCCUAGAGUGAAAUUACAUGCAAGAUACAUGUGUGUAUUUUAUUCAGUGUAACCAGUUCUAUCAUUAUUUUUCAAUUCAAGGUUUGAUUUCGUUUUUCAGAUUCUGAUGUACAUUUUUUGUUUUGGUUCAGGCGGAAUAACUUGAUAUAAUAAACUAAUUGUUGUAAGCUUUUAGAACACACUGCAAAGAAUCUAUAGUUAAAAUGAGUAAAAAGUUGAAAUUAUCUUUAAACAAUUCAUAAUAAUAAAGCUCUAAAAAUUGCUCAUUUGCUGCACUAUGUAACUUUUCAUGUGGAUUUUCGGUCAGAUGAUUGUCUCCAUGGAGAUGUUAUUGCAUUUCCUAAAAUAUCCCACAGUAUCACAUUAACUUACCUAUCUUGAUGGUGAGCAAGAUCACAGAUAAAAGUGUUGAAGUGAAUUUCCUCUGCAGAGUAUCUGGGCGCUCCCUUAGAGUGAGGAGCUCAGUCACACAGGAGGAGCUCAGAGUAGAGACACUGCUCCAUGACGCCUUCCUGGGAAGGUGUUCAUGUCCUACCAGGAGGAGACCCUGGGGUAGACCCAAGACACGAUGGAGGAACUAUUGUGGCCUUGGAACAUCUUGGAGCCGCACCGGAGGAACUGGAGGAAGUGUCCAGGAAGAGGGAAAUCUCUGCUUGGAUGGACCGAACUUGUGGCGGCACUUGUCUGUCACAUACAUAGAUGAGAUCUAUGCCAUACUGUGGAACAUUUUAGGCAAAGAAAUAACAUCUCCAUGGAAACGGGCAGGUGAUGGACCUUUUCCUCGAAAAGUUACACAAUGUACCUUUAAAUUCAAAACUCAUUCAUAGAUAUGGCUUUUUUGCAGUGCACAGCUCAUGCUGAACUACACUGUUAAACAUUUCCACUUUUGUUCUUGCACGCCACCAUGAGUGUAUCCAAAAUAUAUAGUUAUCAGUGUUCAAAUAAAACAUAUGGUAUUGUACAUUUA